AUGGCUGUUUACUCCAAAGAUGAGGCCUUGGUGUGUAAGGUCUUCCCAUCUAGUUUGGGCCCGGUGGCGAUGAGGUGGUUCAAUGGUUUGAGGGCGAACUCUAUUGACUCCUUCAAGAAACUCACCCGGGCUUUUGGUGCUCGCUUUAUUACUUGCAGCAGGGUCUCUCGGCCUCUGGGAUCUUUAUUAUCUAUGUCCAUGCGGGAGGGUGAGACUCUGAAAGCAUAUUCGGAUAUAUACUGGGAGAUGUUUAAUGAAAUAGAACGAGAGUACGAUGAUGUGGCUAUUAGCACUUUCAAGGCUGGUAUUCCAGCCGAGCAUGAUUUGAGGAAAUCUCUGAUUGGUAAACCUGUUACUAGUCCAGGACCUGCCAACACUCAGGCUGUUAACGCUGUGUUUCGAGAGCCAGUGCAACAAGUACUAGAGAAGAAUAAGAAUGAGCUGUUCUUCAAAUGGCCAAACAAGAUGGCAGGAGAUCCUAUGAGACGCAACCAGAACCUUUAUUGCCUCUAUCAUCAGGAUCAUGGACACACGACUGAGGAUUGCAGAAAUUUGUGGUACCAUUUGGACCAGUUAGUCCGAGAAGGGAAGUUGAAGCAACUCUUGCAUCAUUCUAGUGGUCGGGUGAGCCAAGCGGGCUCAGAGCUUCGGGAAUAUGCUUCUUCGAAACUCCCCAUUGGCACAAUAAAUGUUAUUUUUGCUGCCCCGGGAAGGACAAGAUCUUGUCCAUCCAGGGUAAUGUCGGCAUCCCGUUCUCGAGCCGAGGAGUCAAGCUCAAUACCCAAGAGAGCCAAGUUGGGCAUCCCGUUGGUGUUGAGUUUUUCAGAUGAGGACAAGGUUGGAAUCAUACAGCCCCAUGGUGAUACUCUUAUUGUUACGCUGAGAAUUGGUGGGUACGAUAUGAAAAGGGUAAUGAUUGACCAGGGCAGUGCUGUUGACAUAAUCUACCCUGACUUAUAUAGGGGGUUAAAUCUGAAACUUGAAAACUUGACAGCCUAUAGUUCUCCUCUGGUGAGUUUUGAGGGAAGAAUGGUUGUCCCAAAGGGUCAGAUCAGAUUACCUAUGCAGGCUGAUGCGGAUAUGGUGGAAGUGGAUUUCAUCGUUGUAGAUGUUUUCUCUCCCUACACGACUAUUAUGGGCAGACCUUGGUUUCAUAUGCUGGGGGCUGUCUCCUCUACUCUACACCAGAAGGUGAAGUACCCAUCCGGAGGUCAGGUUUUGGAGAUAGUAGGAAGUCAGGUUGCAGCCCGACAAUGCCUGGUAGCGGCUAUCCAACAUCGGCCAGAGGCGGAGACCUCGACCAUCGCCGAUAAUGGUUUAUAG